UGCUGCUCAAGGUCUAAGCUCAAAAAUGUUUUUGUAUGGGAAAAAUACCCUGGCUUGUGAGAUGAUGAGUUUUGUUUCUUGGAAAAGUUUCGUUUCACGGUGUGCUUCUGCACCGCCCUUUUUUCCAGUAUAAAUGUCGAGCUUCUAUUGUACAGCUUCGUACUUUCUGGGUGAUCACAGCUUCUGGCUGGGUCAUUCUGUACCCAAGAGCUCUUGUUCAUAAAGACUUCGAAGAAUAUCAAUCCAUGGUUGGGGUCGUAUUUAUUUCUCUAAUCGAGCUAUCGAGGUAACACUUGUCUUGGAGUUCAAAUUUGAGCUUCCCUGACAAUCACAGAAGAAGAAAAUGAAUUAAGGAGCCAGUACGGUGUUUGACUUAUACCAAACAGCCUUUCGAAUUGUAAAAUUCAUCAUUUUUGUUUAAAAAAAAAAAAAAAAAAGGAAAAAUUUGUCUGUGGGACUUAUGUCAGAACGUAUGGAAUCACAGGAGUCCCAGUGUCUUUUAUUUCCAGAACGAAAACUCCAACACACACUGUAGGUGAAAUAGGACACUGUCUUUGUAGUAGCCUAAUAGUAGUGCGUAAACUAUCCAGCAUGCAUGUGUACUGUCUUUUUUUCACGUGUACACAUUGUGUACUGGAGAUAACGUGUGAGCAUGACAAAUUCAGACCAAAACUAAAAAAAAAAGAUCCUCAGCACCCCCUUUUUGUGAGUUAUUUCCAGCGCCUCUGGGUGGGCUAAACCUCAGUGACGCCAAGCGGCAAAAAUUGAAGCGGGGUGUUCAUUUUUGUUGGUUUAGAACCAAAGUACUCCCACACUAUGGCUGUGACAUUUAGCUCGGAAAUAAACAUUUUAUGUCGUUUUUCAUCUAUCCGACUCUGCGCUUGUUGUGAUCCAUAUGUGCACGCAACCUCAGCCCCGCCUCCCUCCAUUGAAUGAUUGACAUGAAGACAUCCUCUUUGUGACUCAAAUAUAGAUACGCAGAUGGAUUGGACAUCUAGCACCGUCAAUGGCAACCAAUGAGUUAAUAGACGUUUGCAAAAGCUGCAUUGUGAAACAUUUUUACAACAGCAACAAGUGUCCUACUUGCACUGUUGUAGUCCACGAAACACAACCCCUUUACCAUAUCAGGCCUGACAGACAACUUCAGGAUAUUGUUUACAAAAUGAUUCCUUUCCUGGAAGAGGCUGAAAGAAACCGAAUGGUUAACUUCUAUAAGAAACGAGGUUCGGCGAUACCAAAACCAGUCUGUGCUUCAGCUCCUUCAGGACAUAAAAAGCAAAAGAAGGAGUCCAUGCAUCAAUGUAUGCUUAGUAUCCCACCUGAAUUGGAUGUAUCACUGUUGCUGGACUUUGUAGGGGCUGAAGAGGGGAUAAAGAGCUAUAAGCUAGCGCAGCACUUGAAGGCAAGACGAUCAUCACGAUCAGAAUUGCUGACAAAAAGUGGGCGUUCCCUGAUGCGUUGUUCUGGAUGGAAUAACAAUGAAAUGCCACUAGAGAGGCCUUAUGUCCGCGUGUCAAGUGAUGCCACCGUCCGCCACGUGGAGCUGUUCAUCAGAAAGAAGAUGGAACUCAGCCCAACUUGCCAGGUUGAUGUGGUUUGUGGAGAUCAGCUCCUGGAUCAAUAUCAGUCGCUAAAAGAUGUUCAGAGAACUGUGGGAUCUGAGGCCUUGGAGGAUGGUCUGUUGGUGCUGCACUUUGGGUUGGUGCUGUCUUGUUUGUCUUAAAAGAAACAAAUGGAUCGAUUCGUGGCAUUGCACACUUGUCGCAAGGUGGAACUGAACUGCAAAAUAACAUGCAAGGGAUGUGAUUUUUUGUUUUGAAAUUUUUCAGGACAUAGUACUGCUAUGCUUGCGGGACACAGCUAGUGUAUUUUUCUGUUCUCUGCAAUACAGUACAUAAUUUGAUUCAUUUUCUGUGCCUUUUUUGUAUAAGUCAAUGCUGGGAAUUACAAGUAUCACUUAAGAACAACUGCCAAAGAUACAUGUGUAAUUAUGCAGUGGAUUUACAUUGUCUUGGUUUUACUUUUUUAAUCUUCAAUUUUUACUUUUGUACUUAGUCUGAAAAUUCUGAGAUAUUUUGUUUGUAUGAUGGCUUUAAAUAAAAUAUUUUAUAUUGAUGAACUUUAACUUAAUAUUCAGGAUUCUAGUUUGUCCUCUAGCGUUUAUGUAAUUAUAAACACUGAUAAACUGAUGAAGUUUCAAUGUAUGUUAGGCUCUGGAGUGCUUAAACAUCUGUUAUGAAAAUCUUUUUUUCUGAUAAUGCAUCUAAGCAAGCUGUUCUGUAAUAGUAGGACAAUGCAAGCAGACCAAAUGAUAUUUAGUCCACUUUAUUUUUGUACCAUCAGUCAUUGCAAAUGUAUCGUUGUGAGCAUUAGGGGACAUUGUUAUUGCCUAAAGCUACAUGAAAUGAACUUUCUAAAUAAAUUGUAUGCAUACAAUAUGUCCAGUACUGAUCAUUCUCACAGCCUCGUAAGUUUUCUUGACAUUAAGAGUAAUGUUCACCAAUAGUAAAGCAGUAGUCUUAUGAUCUAGUUUUCUUUUUGAAAUCAAGAACAAGCACUAGUGUGAAUACAAUUUUAGCAUAUUACUGGUCUAUCAAUAGUACGUAAAACACCAUGACUUAUAUUAGGUUAACAUCUUGAUACAAGCUUACAUUUGAGAAAUAUUUAGUCCAAAAAUGUUCACAUAUUUUAGGCCUCUGCACUAUGGAAAUUAGUCAUGUACGUAUUAUCUGACUUGUUAAAAUGUUUAAAAUUUAGAUUUUCAUUACUCCAAAGCAUCACGUUGCUACAAUCCAAGGGCAUAGGUUUGGUCUUAACAUUGGUUGGGACGAUAUAAUAGCAUGAACACUUUUUGCUAGGGUUGAAACAUUAAUAAGACCGAACAGAUAGGGUGAACGGGGGUAAGGACUAAAUUUCUCACGAAUAUAAACCUUUUUAAUUGAUAGGUUGAAUGAUCAAUGCAAUAAUUAAUCUGGAUUGAUUUAUACUUUCAUGUUUAUUGGUUCAGGUGAUACACUGUUCGAUUCAAACCUUUGUUUUCAAAAACUACUAAAAAAGCGAACCUAAGUAACUUUUUAUCUAAAAUACUCCUAAAUCUGCAAAAUCCUGACUUGAAUCUAUCUUUAAAUGAUGAAACAGUUUUAAAACUUCCACAUGUCAAAAGUAGACAGAAGGGAACUAAUGCAAUAAUGGGAGCAAUUUUAACAACUUUUAAAGGUUGAUUCAGUGUAAAGGGUAAAUUACGGUAAAGAAUUGGGUUAGGGCCAAUUGUCCCAAAAACCUUUUACACUUCACAUAGUUUGACCUAAGUUUUUUUUUUUUUUUUUUUUUUUUUU